AUCUCAGCAGCGAGCUUCGAAGAUGGCGACUUGCCCAAUACACUCACGCACAAACCUCAGCCCCGACAACUGGUCACAGGUGCCCACACAGUAUCUGACAUCAGCUGUCGCAGUUGCGGCAGCGUCCUAGGCUGGAAGUACGUCGAUGCCGCCCAAGACAGCCAAAAGUACAAAAUCGGAAAGUUUAUGCUCGAGGCGAAACGAACCGUCAAAGAAAAAGUAUGGGACCACGGCCUAGAAGAAGACAGCGCCAUGGAAAUCGGACACAACGACGGAGACAUUGAAUUCGAUUCCCAGGAUGAAGACGAAUGUGAAGACCUAUUCAGUGGCAUGUGGACCCCAGAGCUCGCAGCAAAGCGGAGGAAGCGUCGUGCAUAUCCCCACGUUGAUCUUUCG